CAGACGAGUGUAAAAGAGUAAUAAAGAAUUUAAUCUUUGUUAAUAAUAUUGCAUAAUAAAAUUAUCAAGUGCUCAUUAUUGAACAAGCAUAAAAAUUUUGAAUUUUAUAUAAUAAACAGUGUCAAAAAUGGAUAAUAAUUAUUCAUAUACAAUUGUUUUGACACUUAUCGUUGUCUUAAUAUUUAUAAUUUAUUAUUAUCUGACGGAAAAACAAAAGUAUUGGGAAAAACGUGGAAUACCAGUUAUAAAAAGUAGUGUACCAUUUAUUGGAAAUAUUUGGCCCGUUUUGAGUAUGCGUAAAAAUAUUGCUCAAUUAUAUGAAGAAUUUUAUAAAUCAGCAUCUCAACAUAGUAUGGUUGGACUUUAUAAUGUUGGUGAACCAGAAUUAUUGAUAAGAGAUCCAGAAUUAAUAAAAAUAAUAUUUCAAACAAAUUUCACGAGUUUUGACAAAAAUGGAAUUGAAAUAAACCCCGAAUUGGAUCCAUUAGUAAGCCGUAAUCCAUUUUUUUUGCAAGGUGAAGAAUGGAAACAAGAACGUUCAAUUCUAACGAAUAAUAUGUCAAGUGGAAAAUUAAAAAAUAUGUCACUUUCAGUGCGUGAUGUUUGUAUAGAAUUCAAAAAUUACAUAAAUAAAGAAAUGAAGUCAAGUGGUGAUGGUAAAUCAAUUGAAAUUGAUUCACAAGAACUAUUUGCCCGUUUUACAUCUGCAUUUAUUGCAAAAGCUGGUUUUGGAAUUGACGGUAAUUGUUUUUCAAAUAAUUCAGAUAAUUUUUUUGAAAUAGCUAAACUGAUGUUCAAUCCAACAUCGUUGGAUGCAUUCAAAACUAUGAUUGUAUCAGUUAUUCCAUCAUUGAAUAAUAUUAUUAAAGCGCAUUUUAUAUCACCAAAAAUAGAUCAUUAUUUUCGCGGCAUCGUCAAUGAUAUUUUAGAAUCACGAAAAAAAAAUAAUACUCGGGGUAAUGAUUUUGUACAACAUUUGAGUGAUACAUAUAAAUAUAAUGAAUUUAACAGCAAUGAUAAUGAAAAAAAAGAUAUACUACUUUCAAUAGCUGGACACGCAUCAUCAUUUCUUAUUGAUGGUUAUUUGACUUCAAGUUUAACAUUAACAUUUAUAACUUAUCAUAUAGCUAGUAAUCCAGAUGUCCAAAAUAAAGUUCGUAAAGAAAUAAAAGAAACAUUGAAUAAAUAUAAUAACGAAAUAACUUACGACGCUAUUCAAGAUCUCAAAUACAUGGAUUUGGUUAUUAAAGAAUCAAUGAGACUAUCACCAGCGGCAUCUAUUUUACAAAAAAAGUGUACCAAAGAAUUCAAACUCAUUGGAUUUGACAAUGUCGAAUGUACUGUUGAACCAGGUACUAAAAUUACAAUACCACUGGAAGAAUUACAUAAAGAUAAAAAGUACUGGCAAGAUUCAGAUAAAUUUGACCCAGAAAGAUUCAUUGAUGAAAAUAAAUCUAAUCAACAGAAAUUUGUUUAUCUGCCUUUUGGAGGAGGCCGCAGAGUAUGUGUCGGACAGAGAAUGGCAUUGCUACAAAUGAAAGGUGCUCUUACGAUUUUACUUGACAACUUUUCACUUGAAAUUUCACAAAAAACCAAACAGCCUCUUGUUUGGUGUUGUAAUUCUCUGCUCAAUUCACCUGAAGGUGGAGUUUGGAUGAUCAUCAAGCCUUUAUAAUAUUUAUAUUUAUACAUCUGUCCAAACAACUGUGAUUAAAAAAUAUUACAGCCAUUUCACGAUUAGAUUAAUGAUAUAUUAUUAUUUUUUUGCUUCUUAAAAGUUUAUCUAUGAUAUUACAAAGUUUAUGACUUUUUGUGUUGUAGAUUAAAAGUAUUUUUAUACAUUUUA